AUGCGACUACUUGUGGUAUUAAUCGCAGUAUCAUCGGUAACAGCACAUGAUGCCGUUGUAUUCUCUAAUGACCAAAAAAUCACGAAGGAUUUCCCAAGUAUUCCGAACUUAAUAUCGACUGCUUCUUCAGAAUCACCUCUUAUUUUUCUAGUCAAUCCCGAUUUCACUUUAGGGCAGUUUUCUCGAGAGGCGGCUGCAUAUUCACAAGAUAAGCGUGUGUCCGGCUUACCUGCUGUUGUCAAGUCGUCUUCACAUCACGCUUCUCGAUACUUCGCUGACAGCUUCUAUACGCCUGAUGCAGUUGUUCUUACAUCACCAAACGAUUUUGUUGCUGGUGCAAAAAUUUUCGUACUCAUGGGAGAGGAAUGGGCAAGCAUGCAGAAUCUCGCAGAAGUUGUUCUCCCACAAAUCGGAGACAAAUACACUGGUAUAAUUACGGCUAGCGAUGCGGUAUAUUGGGACAAGGCAAGAGUGAAGCGCGUUGUGACUUCUGACAUGGAGAACGACGAUGCCCCAUCGGGCUCUCCUUCACCAGACGCAGCCGUAGGACCCGAUGUCGCAAUGCCUUUGAAUUUACCUCCAUACAACAGGACUGAAUACCCCUCCGUCAAGCCACUAGGCGCAGGACUGGGAUCAUGUCUUCUCUACAUGGAGGGUGUAAACAUUGUGGUACAGAACUCUAAGAAGGCUUUCGCUACAAUUCCGAUCCGAUCCAAUGAAACCACUUGGAAUUAUGCAGAUGGGGAUGUUAAUUGUGUGAAUGAUACUGCCGGCGAGUACAGAUUCGCUGUGAGACUGAAGCUUAAAGCAGACGCUGUUGAUGCUAAGGGUCAGGUUAAAAUAAGCUCUGGAAGCCAACUUAUGUUCACGCUUGUUUUCACUGGAGCUAAAACAGGAUUCUGGCAGCUCACUGAUGUAGUUGCCAACAAACUAUCUGUCGAAGGCACUUCUCAAGGUGGUUUUCUUAGCGGAGCAGCAACGGCUCAAGAGAAGGUCAUCUCACCAACCUCUGUGCAAAAUGUUGGCUUCACAAGUGUACAAGGAUUUGCGAUUGCAUGCAGUGACUCUCAAGCAGCAUUUUUCAGAACCAAUCAGGAGAAUGUUCUGAUAGGUGUAUCCUUGUACAACACAGAGGUUCAGCCGUUUGCUGUAUACCCAGACCAGAAGACGCAACAAAUGUAUUUCACCAGACAAGUAGAUGACUGUGUAGGGACGUUUUCAGUUGGAUCAUGGAUGGCUAUCGUCAGUAUUCUCAUCCUUCUAGCUGGUUUCAUCUUUGGAUUCUUGAUGCUGAAUUCCGUUCAAACCAUGGACAGAUUUGACGAUCCAAAGCACAAGCAGAUUGUAAUUAACGUUAGGGAAUAA